GCGACGCGCAUGCGCAGUAUCAUCUCGAUAGCACGCGUGCGCGUGGGGUGGGAGCGGCGCAUGCGCAGUGCCGCGCCCGCCCUGGCCGUGGGGAGCGUCGCGGUGCCCGAUACUAUAAUAUAUUUUUUUUAAGUUAGAAGAAAUCCAAACAUCACAGCCUCCCACGAUGGCAGACCAGAAGCGCCUUGCGUACUCCAUCAUCCAGUUCUUACAUGACCAGCUACAGAACGGGGGUCUUUCUCCAGAUGCUCAGGAGAGUUUGGAAGUGGCAAUCCAGUGCCUGGAGACAGCUUUUGGAGUCUCCCUGGAAGACCAAGGCCUCGCUGUGUCACAAACUCUCCCUGAAAUAUUUGAAGCUGCUGCAGGAAAGGAGCCUGAACACAUGAGAGCAAACUCGGAGCCAGUCACCCCCUCUGAAGAUGACGUAGCUGAAGCUGAAAGGCUCAAGACCGAAGGGAAUGAACAGAUGAAGGCAGAGAACUUUGAAGCUGCUGUGUCCUUCUACGGAAAAGCAAUUGAGUUAAAUCCAUCCAACGCUGUGUAUUUUUGCAACAGAGCUGCUGCAUACAGUAAAUUAGGAAAUUAUGCUGGAGCAGUCAGAGACUGUGAAAGAGCAAUCGGCAUCGAUCCAAACUACAGCAAAGCUUACGGCAGAAUGGGCUUGGCUCUCUCCAGUUUAAAUAAACACACAGAAGCUGUUGUCUACUACAAAAAAGCCCUGGAGCUUGAUCCAGACAACGACACCUACAAAUCCAACCUUAAAAUAGCUGAACAGAAAAUGAAAGAGACUCCUAGUCCGACCGGAGGUCCUGGAGGAUUCGAUUUAGCUGGCUUGCUGAACAACCCUGGCUUCAUGAGUAUGGCAUCUAACCUAAUGAACAAUCCACAAGUACAACAGCUCAUGUCUGGGAUGAUUUCUGGUGGCCAUAACCCCAUGGGAGCAGCAGGCACCAGCCCCUCCACCAAUGAUCUUGCCAGCCUCAUACAAGCGGGCCAGCAGUUUGCUCAGCAGAUGCAGCAGCAGAAUCCUGAAUUAAUAGAGCAGCUACGAAGCCAGAUCAGGAGUCGAACUCCAAGUGCCAGCAAUGAAGAUCAGCAGGAAUGAGGCUGACAGCGCAGUCCGUGGGAACUCUGUUCAUUGCUUUAAGAACUGGAAGCCAUGUGCGUGUUGCCAUUUCUUGAAUUGGAAGUGUCCAAGAGGGGGGAAAAAAAAAAAGAGAGGAUAAAAAAACAAACCCCAAAUACUUUAUACGACCUGCAUGUUAAAGACAGAUUCACACUUUCUUUCCCCGGUCUUCGUCCUGCUCCUCCCCCUCCACCUUUCCAUUAGUUUCCCUCUGGAAGAUCCAGCAAACACAAACCAGCACCAACAGUCUUUCUAAAGAAACUCCGAAAUGAACGACGCUGUUACAUUUCUAUGUUCUUUGCUACGUGGGAAUUUUUUAACCCGUUUUUGAAGAAGGAUGCACUCUUCACUACAGGAUUUCUUCACUUUCCUGCCCACACGCCACUUCAGAGAAGUGUUGGAGUCCCACCCCCGCCCCGAUGCCCUUUAAUCUUCUUGCCAGUUACAAGACGGUGAUGUUUGAGCGCCCUGGAGAUCGCUGGAUCUUCGUGCCUCCAGGAUCAGGGUUUCUGUUGAUUAGAUUCACCAUGUUUCUCAUUCAGGUCUGUAGCAACGUUGCCGGUGUUGUUAAUACAAAGGAUUUGGUGACUGCCUCUCUAAGGUUAGUGUCGAUGUGUCGGGGGGCUGGGACUGAUCAGGUAGAACAUGCUCAUCUGUGACUCCUUUAGGGCGUUUCCAGAUACGCUGCUUGGGCUCCAUCCCCAGUCCUGACAAAACUCGUCUAGUGUUUAGUAAUUAUUGUUGGAAUGAGCCAAUCUGUGAACUAGUCAGGUGGACAGUGAGAAAGAUACGAUGUUUUUGGUGUUUAAAAGGUUUCUCUUUGUUUUUUAAUUUGUCUUUUAUGCAUGUAAGUAAUCAACCCAGUUGACCGUACUGAUAAUAGGAGUAGAGAGGGGGCUUGAGCAGCAGGCAGAAGGAAUAAAAAUGCUCCUUGGAUAGAAAGGUAUUGAGGGGCUGCUGGUUCAAUGUGGGAGGAGGGAGAAGGUCCUUGCUGCUGGGUGCCUGCAGCUUCCCACCUGCCUGUGUCAUUCCUGGGUGCAUGGGAAGCUCUGGCAAGUUCCCCUUGAAGUCGCUGGACGAGGAUGGAGACUUUGGUAUCGGCCUCGGGACUGGUUUUAAGGUAGUUCCUCCAUGGUGGUGGGAAAGGCGUGUUCCUGGCCCUAUGGCUGGGCACAGAAGCAGCUGGCUUGGAGAGGAGUGCGUGGGAGAUGGAAAAUGCCCAUCUAGGAGACAUGGUGGUACGAAUGAGCAGGUAUCUUUGAAGAUUAAUAUCAAGGAAAAAAGAUCUGUAAAUGCUCCAUAAAUUUAUAUGUGCUUAAUGUAACUUGUGAAGAAUAAACGAUUUGGACACUC